UAAGCUGGACCUUAUUUCAUUUUAAUAAGACUAGCCAACCAAUCCCUUACCAACCACUAGUUCCCUAUCCUAUGAUUCUAAUGACAACCCAUUAGUUACUGCAAUUAUAUGUAUCUAUCUAUCCAUAUGAUCUAUAUGUAUGUGUGUAUGUGUGGGAGAGGACAGAAAUGGUAAAAGGAUGAACGGCUCCUUAGUCUCUUUUGAAAAUUUCCCUUUGGAAAAACACCUUGAUUAAGACCACAAAGAACGAAUAUUCUCUACUAGAACUGCACCAGUUGCAUUCUAUAGAUGUAUAGUACUGGUACUACAAGGUCAAGCUUCACCACUUCCAGCUUUUUAGUUUCUCUAACUAUACUGCUGGUUGGUAAGUGUGUGCGUGUAUAUAUAUAAUAUAGUUUACACACACUCUUUCACCACUUAUUCUUAAAUCUCUCCCCACAAUUUCUCUGUGUUUGAGUAAGGUCCGAUGAUUUAGUGGUUCUUUCUAGAUACUGGGAUCUGAGGAGUGAUUAAAGAUUACCAGAGGGAGCACAAGCAAUAAAGCUCAUAAGUUUUCUUAUUGAAAUCCAUCGCUUGCUUCCAAGUACUGGCCUACAAUGGCGGUUCAACACUCCCUUGAACUAGAUAAUGGCUCCUGUGACGAUGAUGGACAUCCCGCAAGAACCGGGACCUUGUGGAGUUGUGUUGCACACAUAAUUACUGCUGUUAUAGGCUCUGGAGUAUUGUCCUUGGCUUGGAGUACUUCACAGCUAGGAUGGUUAGCAGGACCUAUUGCCUUGCUUAUCUUUGCUAUUAUCACCUAUCUUUCGGCCUUCCUUCUUUCCGAUUGUUAUCGGACCAACAAUGGAACACGAAACAAGUCCUACAUGGACGCUGUUCGGAUGUAUCUUGGUAGAAAGCGGACAUGGAUGUGUGCUUUGCUUCAGAACCUGAGCUUGUAUGGGACUGAUAUUGCUUAUGUAAUUACUACUUCAACCAGUAUGAGAGCAAUUCAGAAAUCAAAUUGUUACCAUAGAGAAGGGCAUAAAGCAGCAUGUUCGUAUGGAGAUACUUCAUAUAUGUUGCUAUUUGGAGGUGUUCAAGUAGUGAUGUCACAGAUACCAGAUUUCCAUAACAUGGAGUGGCUUUCAGUUGUCGCUGCAAUCAUGUCCUUUACUUACUCUUUCAUAGGGUUUGGACUUGGAUUUGCACAAGUGAUAGAAAAUGGGAGGAUUCAAGGUAGUAUAACAGGAGUGCCUGCUGAUAGUGUUGCUGAUAAACUAUGGUUAGCAUUUCAGGCACUUGGAGACAUUGCAUUUGCUUAUCCAUAUUCAAUCAUCCUUCUUGAAAUACAGGACACCUUGAAGUCACCUCCACCAGAGAACAAGACCAUGAAAACAGCUUCAAUGAUUGCAAUCUUUGUAACAACAUUUUUCUACCUCUGUUGUGGUUGCUUUGGAUAUGCUGCCUUUGGCAACAAUACGCCUGGAAAUCUCUUGACAGGAUUUGGAUUUUAUGAGCCUUAUUGGCUUAUUGACUUUGCUAACGCUUGCAUUGUUCUUCAUCUGGUGGGUGGAUAUCAGAUAUUUAGUCAGCCAGUGUUUGCAUUUGUGGAAAGAUGGUUUACCAACAAGUUCCCAGGCAGUGGGUUUGUGAAUAACUUCUACACUAUCAAACUCCCAUUGCUGCCUUCAUUUCAAAUGAAUCCUCUGAAGAUAUGCUUUAGAACAGCCUAUGUUGCAUCCACAACAGUGAUUGCAAUGAUCUUCCCAUACUUCAACCAGGUUUUAGGAGUGCUGGGGGCAUUGAAUUUUUGGCCUUUGGCUAUAUAUUUUCCAGUGGAAAUGUACUUUGUGCAGAAGAAAAUCCAACCCUGGACCAGAAAAUGGGUUGUUCUUAGGACUUUCAGCUUUUUCUGCUUGCUUGUCACUAUUGUGGGAUUGAUAGGGUCGAUUCAGGGGCUUAUUAGUGCAAAAUUUGGGUAAGAGACUGUAAAGGAAAGACUACAUGUUAUGUUUUCUUGACAUAAUGUAUUUCAUGAACUUCAAGCUUGACAUUGGUUUUUUUUUUUCUCAAAAUAUAGCUAAAUUUACAAAUA